AUGCAACAGGCCAAAAAUUCACUAGAAAAAUCAUUACCAGAUAUAUCUUCAACUAUCACAUCAUCUCAACCACCUAUGCAAGACCAAUCCGAAUUAAAAGCAACCAAGGUAUCAGUACCUAAAAAGCCCUUGAAUCAAUCAGAAUCUAAACUAAUACAUCUUUUCAAUUUAGCUCAUUCCAAGAUAGAUUCGCCUUUUUCAAAACUAUAUUCACUACUAUAUCAUAAACAAGAAGAGCAACAAACACAGACAUUACCUGAUCCAAUAUUAAAGAAAUUCUGUUUAAACUGUGGUGGUUUAUUAAUUCCUGGGUUAACAGUAUCCAUUCGUGUUGUUUACACUAAACAAAAGAUACGUAAAUUGAGAACUAGGUGUUUAGCGUGUCGAUAUUCUAUAUUUGAUGAUGGGUUGAUUCAAAAACAAGAAAAAGUAGAGCCUGUUGUGAAGCCUGUAGUUGUUCAAUCAACGAAAGAAGACAACAACCACAACAUAACCAAUUUAAAAUCAAAGGAAAGACGCAAAAAGAGGAAAAUGAAUAAUUUGAGUAAUUUGCUACAGGAUAAGAAGAAGAAGAAAACUGAAGAAUCAAAAUUAAACUCAUUAAAUUUGAUGGAGUUUUUGAAAUAA